AUGAGGCCACCUCACGCAGCGCUCCUCUUGCUCUUCAUCCUAGCGUACUUCCGCGGUGCCUACUCCAAUGGCAGCCGGAGCCGUUUCACAUCCAUAAUCAGCUUCGGCGACUCCUUCGCCGACACCGGUAAUUUGGUCAUGUGGGCUGAUCCCGUCCUUCCGGGUCUACUACUCAAGAACCUCCCCUACGGCGAGACCUUCUUCGGCCACCCCACUGGACGUGCCACCGACGGCCGCCUUGUGCUGGACUUCAUCGCCGAAGCUCUGGGUCUGCCUUUCGUGCCGCCGUACCUUGACAAGGGGGGCAACUUCUCCGCUGGAGUAAACUUCGCCGUGGCAGGAGCGCCGGCUCUAACCCUGCAAUACCUGCAGGGACAGAAUUUGACCGUGAACCCUCCUAUCAAUAGUUCCCUCUAUGAUCAGCUCGUGUGGUUCCAGAAACUGAAGCCUUCGCUCUGCAAGGGUCGACAAGGUACUGAUUGCUUCGGGAGCUCCUUGUUUGUCAUGGGAGAGUUUGGAGCAAAUGACUACAGGAGCUUCCUUCUGUCCAACAGGACUGUGGAACAAGCCACAGCUUAUGUUCCCCAAAUCGUUGACAGCGUCUCCCAAGGCGUAGAGGUACUCUAUAUGCUCAAUCCUCUGCGGAUACUAAUCCGGCACGGCGCCAAGUACAUCGUUGUGCCAGACAUCUUCCCACUUGGCUGCGUACCCACAGUGCUCACAAAGCUUGCUAGCCCAAACAAGGUGGAUUACUAUCGGAACGGAUGUCUGAAGAGUGCGAACAGGCUGGGGCGCUACCACAAUUCUCUCCUCCGCCAGCGGAUCAGUGUGCUCCGGCACAAGUACCCCCAUGCGAAGAUCAUUGCCGCUGAGUACUACCGACCCGUCCUUGCGUUUCUAGAUAUGCCGGGGCAUUUUGGACUGAACAGUAGCACAACCCUCCUCACCUGUUGUGGUGCCGGAGGACCUCCUUAUAACUAUGACUUCGACUCAGAGUGCGGGCGGCCGGGGGUGAUGGCGUGUGCAGAUCCAUCUCAAGCCCUUCAAUGGGAUGGUUUCUACCUUACGGAGUCUGCCUACUGGGCCGUUGCCGAUGGGUGGCUCCAUGGCCCCUACGCGGAUCCACCGAUAAUGCACAUUGCAUGCUCAGCCCUUCUUUCCCGGUCGUCGGGCAACUCCUUCGCCGACACCGGUAAUUUGGUCAUGUGGGCUGAUCCCAUCCUUCCGGGUCUACUACUCAAGAACCUCCCCUACGGCGAGACCUUCUUCGGCCACCCCACUGGACGAGCCACCGAUGGCCGCCUUGUGCUGGACUUCAUCGCCGAGGCUUUGGGUCUGCCUUUCGUGCCGCCGUACCUCGCCAAGGGGAGCAACUUCUCCGCCGGAGUCAACUUCGCCGUGGCAGGAGCGCCGGCUCUAACCCUGACAUACCUGCAGGGACAAAAUUUGACCGUGACGAUCCCUCCGAUCAACAGCUCCCUCCACGAUCAGCUCGAGUGGUUCCAGAAACUGAAGCCUUCGCUCUGCAAGGAACAAGGUGCUGAUUGCUUCGGGGGCUCCCUGUUUAUCAUGGGAGAGUUUGGGUCAAAUGACUACAGGAACAUCCUUAUGUCCAACAGGACGGUUGAACAAGCCUUAAUUUAUGUUCCUCUAAUUGACAGCAUCGCCACAGGCGUAGAGAAACUGAUCCAGCAAGGCGCCAAGUACAUCGUUGUGGCAGACGUCUUCCCGACUGGCUGCAUACCGCCAAUUCUCAAAAUGCUCGCUAGCCCAAAUAAAAUGGACUACGAUCGGCAUGGAUGCCUGAAGAGUGGGAACAGGCUGGGACGCUCCCAGAACUCUCUCCUCCGCCAACGGAUCAAGAUGCUUCGGCACAAGUAUCCACAUACGAAGAUCAUUGCCACCGAGUACUACAGACCCAUCCUAGCUUUUCUAGAUAUGCCAGGGCAUUUUGGACUGAACAACAGCACAACUCUCCUCACCUGUUGUGGUGCAGGAGGCCCUCCAUAUAACUACGACUUCAACACAGGGUGCGGCCUCCCGGGUGUGAAGGCGUGCACAGAUCCAUCUCAGGCGCUUCAGUGGGAUGGUUUCCACCUAACAGAGUCUGCCUAUAGGGCCAUCGCCGAUGGGUGGCUCCAUGGCCCCUAUGCGGAUCCAACGAUAAUGGACAUUGCACGCUAAUACGCUCAUAGUUUGUUUCCUACUAGCCUAAAGUGCUAUCUGUACUAGAGUUGAUAAUUCAUAUCCACAUGUGUGUGCAAAUUUCUUUCCCUAUAUGUACUCCCUCCAUUUAAUUAUACAAGG